AUGACGCGGGUACUUCAAGGUAACCUGAAUAGAUGCGCUCUGGCGCAGAACCUACUGUGCCAGCGUAUCUUCGAACAAAAGAUCGAUAUCUGCCUCAUCUGUGAACAAUAUCUGCACACCAAAGAUAGUACAUGGUUUGCUGAUGAAUCAGGCACGGCAGCCAUUUGGAUCACGAAUUCAAAGAAGGUCACCGUCAUGGACAAAGGAAGCGGACCAGGUUUUGUCUGGAUCAAAACGCCAAUGACCUAUUUUAUCAGCGUUUAUCUUUCACCAAACGAGGGGAUCAGUAUGUUUCGCCAGAAAUUGGCGAACAUAGAGAACACUAUUCUUGAGUUUGACGGAGAAAUCAUCGUAGGCGGCGACUUCAACGCCAAAUCGACUGAAUGGGGAGCUGACCUUUCUGAUACCCGAGGAAACGAGGUUGCUGACGUCGCAGCAAGGCUCGACCUUGUAAUUCUGAACACCGGGAACUCCACGACCUUCCGAAGACCAGGGUUUCGAGAGGCCAUCCUAGACAUCACGCUAGCGACUCAAAGGAUAUCGAACAGAAUUAAGGACUGGACCGUAUCAGAGGAAUACAGCGGCAGCGAUCAUCAAAACGUGACAUUCAGCAUUCAAUCUGCGUCUGCUGCGAUAGUUCGACAUGAUUAUCAGCUGCGAAGGUGGAAUGUAAGAAAACUCAAUCUAGAAGAGCUGAGAACUUCUCUGACUCGAAGCUCAUCUACUUUCCAGGAUGAUCGGACUCCGAAUAGCCGCGAAGGAACGGAAAAUUUAGUGUCAACAGUGAUGGAACAGAUCGUCGCCGCAUGCGAGGCGUCUAUGCCACGGAAUGAAUAG